AUGCUGUCUAGAGCCUUGACUGUAACCAGAAAGAGCCCUAAGGAUGAUGUCUACAUACGCGAUCUCGCCUGCAGCCAAUCGGGCAGCUCCUUCAAUGACUACGAGGACUGCAUCGUCGGCUUCAUGGAGGAUUUGCCACUCGUCCCCUGCGACCACGACAAGAAGUGUGUCGGAUGUGGGGAGAGCCUGGCACACUUAACCUUGAGGGGUGUGCUUAGAGGUUCGGUGGGUGUGAUCGGAGAGAGCCGGUUGGCAAUGACGGAGAAGGUGGUGCUCUUGGGAGGAAGAGUGUGUGCGGUCAAGAGGUUUAGGCAGCUGAGUAUUAAAAGACGCGAGUUUGGCAAGAGAAUUGAGAGGUUGGCUGAGGUGAGUAGGAAGUGUGAUUUUCUUGUUCCAGUCACUGCUUAUUUGUUUGCCAAGAGGAUCAAGUUUGUGCUCUCCGAUUAUCGCCCCAUGGGAAGCCUCGCUGACUUGCUUGCUGGUGCGAGGGAUCAUGGUCACACGGCGCUGGUUUGGAACCAAAGGCUGGCCAUAAUUUGCGAUAUUGUAAAAGCAAUAUCCUAUGUCCACAAACAACCUCCAUACCAGAAGAACAUGAUAAUGAACAUCCAUGGCAGCGUCAAGGCCUCAAACGUGUUAGUGAACAUCGAUUUCUCAGCAUGCUUAUCGGAUUACGGGUUCACCCAGUUGGCGGAGCAAGUGGAGAUUCCGGAAGGGCAGGUGAUGAAGUCGCCCCGGUGGCUGGUGGAGAAGACCAACUAUUCGAAUGAGUUGUCGCAGAGGGCUGACAUUUACAACUUUGGGGUGAUACUGCUGGACAUUUUAGCAGGGCCAAAGGGUCUGAGUCUGCUGAGAAUGGGAAUGAAUGAGAAGAAGGAAGCCAUGAGAUGUGGUGUUUUGGAUUUGGUUGAGUUUGGUGUGAAGGAUGGGAAAGAACAGAGGCAAGUAUCGAAGCUCUUCGGCAUGGCCUUGACAUGUACAAAUGCCAACCCGGAGGUUAGGAAAACAAUAGAUGAGGUUAAUUUUGAAAUCUCGAGGAUGUAA